AUGCAUUUGAGGUAUUAUUUGAAUGAGGAAGGCAAACGUGUCUAUACUUUAAAGAAUACUCUUGAAGAUGGUUCAUAUACAUUUAAUGCCCAUCCUGGUACUAAUAAUGAUCUAUUAAUCAGCUAGAUUUAGUCCUGAUGAUGUCAAUUAGAAAUACAGAGUUGAACUUAAAAAGAGAUUUGGAUUGCUACCUACUUAAGGAGAACCUCAUUAAUUUUGA